AUGAACCGACUUACCAACGCUUUCUCUUCAGCCAUCCCUAGCUCGGGUUCCGAUGGAUCCUCCAUGCAUCUUCGAGAUCGGACCGGAGACUCUCCUCGGGUUUCUUCCCCUUUAGACCCAUCUUUCAACAUUCCUUCUCAUCCUCACCGACCCUCUCAUUCCGAACGAAGGCAUAUCGUCCAGAAUCUCAUAUACGAUGAUCCGCGAACCAUCUAUCAUCCCAUAUCAUCUUCACCCAAUGCAAGAGGGAACUUCACGAACAAUCUGGGCUUGUUGACUGCUGGGAUUGGUCGGCCGGGUAGACCUGGAUUACUAAGGCAUUUGACGGAUGAUGAGUCAGGUAGAUUGAGUGGUAGUCAGGCGCCGACUCCUAGAGUCCGGAGUCAAAGUAGGAGCAGAGACCGGGAUAGAGGUGUCAGAGUGAAUCUCAUGAGUACAGCUUCGUUGAAUGGGAAGAGGGGAUGGGGCAUGAAUAGCGCUACGAAGACUACUAGGUUGAAUGCCAUGGCUCAAGGUCCAGAUGGGACUUAUGCGAUAGGUGGUGGUCAAUAUCUACGAGUCAUGAAGAUACACGAUCCAUCGUCAGGUUCAACAACACCUAUAUUCGCAUCUGACGAGACGAAAGAUCGGCACACGCUGGCAAAAGGAAACGGCGGAGUAACAAUAUCGGAAGUAGUGAAUCUAUGGAAACCUAAUUGGCCUGUUGGCAAAGGUGUUAACGAUGUGGAUUGGGGUGUGGGAGCCUUCGACACAAAGAUCGCUACUGCUACACCAAGCGGAAAUCUCCUGCUAUUCGACGUAGAAAAAGGGAAAUUAGACAAGGACAUCUCAAGCGGUACUUUCAGACCUAUGAACUGUGUCAGACUAUGUCCUUCUGCGAGUCACGGUCAUCUAGCUUUAACGGGAGGUACGGAAGGUGGUGUCCGCUUCUGGGAUUUACGAGAAAGAGAUCCUUCGAAUCGGAAAGCUCUCAAACAUUCAUCAGCUAUAACCUCCCUGACGUUUUGUCCGACAGAUGCGUACCAAUUCGUUGCGGGACUAGAUGAUGGGUCGAUACGGAGAUAUGACUUCAGAUCACCUUCAAGAAGUACUGGAAAAGCUUUCGGGGCUCAUGGAAGUAAGAGCGUGCUGGAUUUGAAAUGGAAGGAAGGAGAUGAAGAGAAUAGUGAUGGACAUAGAGGUGGGGGUUGGCUGGCUAGUGCAGGAGCGGACAAGAUAGUUCAGAUAUGGGACAUGGGUCAACAAUGGGAUAAACCUCCUGGACCAGUACAUUCACUUCAUACCGCUUAUCCAGUACGACGAGUUGCCUGGCGUCCUGAUCAUCCCACUGAGCUUGUCGUCGUUCCCCUUAUCCAACCUGUCACUUCGGCCGAUCCUACCUUAUCUCCCAAUCCGAGCUCUGUCACCCUUUCCUCCGACGGUGAUAGCGCCAGUCACGCAGGGUUAGACGAAGAUGCACAUCUGGAAAUAUGGCAUGUCAGGCGUCAUUAUAUUGCCAAAUACGCCAUUCCAACGCAAGAUGGGGGAGCUGUCGAUAUCGCAUGGGCGAAUGGCGAUGACAAUCUGGUGGCAUGUUUUCAGAAUGGCGGUUUCGCUCAGAUGGAACUCAGAGGUCCAUCGGGUGUGGGAAGUCUACCGCUUCCUCUGGAUCAAGUGCCUAGACAGCUGGUGGGGUGGAGUCCGAGAGGUGAGAUGGUGUAUGCUGUUGACCGGUUCAAACUGGGAGAAAUCCCAUUCGAUGACGUCAAAUCCGAAUAUGUGAAUCAUUGGGACAAACUUGGUCGACCAACACCAUCAAUAUCUGAUCUAGCUUAUGAACCCCUUCAAACACUUGGUUUCCUCCCUUUGCCAGAUACGGACGAAGUCGAGUUUGCGUAUCUCGCAAAUUGGUAUAAACUGGAAGGGGAUACACCUGAGAAUCUCUGUCAGUGGAAUGGCAAUGUGGCAUUAUCAUGUGGUCGAGAGGAUAAUGCCAGAUUAUGGGCAUUCCUGGAAACCUUAAUCGAAGAAUUUGAUCCCUCACCGAUAUCACAGGGUGAAGUCGGAUUCAAGGAAGAUGUGUUUAGUGGAACGAUAGAUGGUACUGCUCGAUUAUCAACUCCACCUACAUUUUCUCCUACACAUGGCUCGCCAAACCACAAUGUCCCGUAUCCAUCGCCUACUGCAGUACCUCUUACACGCUUGGGAGCGUCGUUCUUGGACGAAGAUGAAGAAGACCUGUCUGAACCUUCUGAAUCAUCCUCAUCAACCAAAGAUUCAUACUCCGACUCCGAUUCGGAAGAAGAAUCUCAUCAUCCGAAAUCGCGAUUCCUCGCUUUCGCUCCGCCUGAAUUCAUCACACGUAGAUUGAGUGAUGCGUUGAGUGGCGGAAGUACAGGUAGAAGGGAAUCUAAUGCGACUGUUAUCUUGUCGAAUAGUAGAUCCGUGUCAGUGUCAAAUCCUUUGUCAGCUAUGAAAAUGACUAAAGGAGGGACAGCUGCAACUUCAAGAUCAUCUUCUGGAUCACCUCCACCAACCGAGAAAGAGAAAGAGAGUAGUACGAUGAGUACUUCGACAAGCAAGAAAAGUAGUCUAUCGAAAAUGACUUCUAGUCGGAUAAUGGCAAUGUCAGAUUAUCCUGAUCCAUAUGGUAUACAAGGUGAAUUCAAUUUCUCAGGAUCGACCACGACUGCUACUAUCUCACGAACGAGUCCUACACCCAACACCAACAAUAAUACCAGUAAUAAUCUGGAUGGUAUCAUUGUAGGAAAAUCUUUGAGAAGUAGUCCAUUACCUUUUUCAUCGUUGAGGAAAGGUGGUGCGGGCACGCCAGAAGGUUCGCUGAGUAGGAGGAACUCUGCUCAACAACAACAACCGGUACGAAUACAGGGAGCAGGAGUGGGUAUGACUAAAGUACCUACUGCAACUGCGAUCAAAGGUGAAAUAGAUAGAUUUGAGAAGAAUGAUUGGUUGAUGUAUAGGAAAAGAAGAGUCGAUGCGCUGCAUGAGUGGUGGGAAGGUUGUAUCGAUGAUGGAGAAAUGCAACUUGCUUCGUGCAUCGCGAUUGUAGGCUCCAAAAUUGGUGAUUUCCCUUCGAAACAGGUCGAAAGACUCGUGCAUUCUUAUGUUGAUAUGCUCGAACGUCAUCGACUACCUAUACCAGCUUCGUAUAUCCGUCUAUACUCCCACAUCCCCUCAUUACAGAUAGUAGCGAUAAACGAAGGUAUAACUCAUAAAUUACACUGUGGACGCUGUGGGAAAUCGACUGGUGAAUUGGAUGAUAUAGGUGUAGAAGGGAAGAAAUUCUGGUGGUGUAAGAAAUGUAAAUUGGGUGCUAAAGUCUGUUCGAUCUGUCGGAAGGUCAUUAAAGGGUUGUAUCUAGGUUGUAAGAAAUGUGGACAUGGUGGACAUGGGAAUUGUAUGAGGGUAUAUCAUAACCAAGCACCGCUCUUACCUCUACAUCCGCCUAAUGAUCACAUAUCAGAUGGAAAUGCAAGUUUGGCUCGUACUUACACAGGUACGUUAAGUACGACCGAACAUGGUGAAAUCGAGCAGGACAUACCAAUAGGAGGAUGGAGUGUUUGUCCAACGGGAUGUGGAUGUAGAUGUAGGAGAGUCUAA